GCUGCCUCUCACCCUUCACUGCAGUGGAUCUGUGCAUCAGAUACUGUGGAGAAGAAGCAGCAGCAGAGAGAGGUACCCAGUAUGCUAGAAGCCUGCACAGAGAAGGUAUGGACUGAUGCUCAGAUGUAAAAGAGGAUGGCUGAUUCUGGUUAGGCACAAGCUGGCCGGACAGGGUAUUCCUGGCAUCUCGAUGGGGCGUUUAUCUACAUAAAUGUUUAUGAAUUGGAGAAAGGCACCAAGACAGUCCAAUCCUCCAAAGAAGCUGUGAUGGACAGAGAGAGGAGAAUUGGGGGAAUGAAAUGAUAGAGACUAAAGGACAUAAAUGUUUCAUAAUUUCAAGUCCACAUAAUUUGAGCCUUCACAAUGAGUACAUAAAAUGGAGAGAGGGAUUUGAACCUGAAUUGUGAAGGGAAGAUCCCUUUUUGCCGGUGAAGAUUGGAAGUAAUGUACUAGCAGCAGGGCAAAGGAAUGAGCAAGACGAGUCCAGAUUCACCUCUGCUUUCGAGAUCCUCAUGGUUUCUUUUUUGGCAUAAGCUGAGGCCUACUGCUGGAUCUCUCCAAGCACUGAACAGUCUGUCUGUUGAACUGGUGUACAUGGGGACUGUGUCCAGAAUUGCAACAAGCUCCUUCUCAAUUGCAAAAUGGGUAGCCAACCUCGCUUUUCUUCUGUGUCACUCAAGAAGGUGCUAACAUUAGCCUGGGAAGAAUCAUGCCCUGCACCUUGAGUGAGGAAGGCUUCCUUCUUCUCAUACCACGACGGGUCCAAUCACUUUUUGACAUCACCAUGCCAUUCAAUUCAAUGACGGACCAUCAGAACGAGUUGAAAAUUGACACAUUUAGUUAAAUAUGAUACAUAAUGGCUUCUAGAACUGAGUGGCACUCUCAGAGGCUCUAAUGCCAGCACAGAAGAUGACCAGAAUAUCAUCUCAGGGUUCAGGGUUGCUCCUUCUCUGCUACAACUACUGAUUCUCUGUGAUUACUCUCUGGUAACCCAGAAUAGGAUGGGUGAUGGACUUGUGACGGGAGGUGCUAGUCUCCAUGGAGCCUCCAUUUCCUGCCCAGUGGAUGCAGAGUUCUGUCAGGGUAAGACGGUUACUCCAGACAUCCCAGAGUUCUGUGCUUCUCAAUUCCAGCCUUGGUACCAAGACCAGAGAUGUGGCUUCAGAAUCUGUGGGCCUUUUCUUCAUGCUUUUGAUUGACUUGUCAGCCAUAGUAGGCAAUGUUGCAAUUAUGACAGUCAUUCUCAAGACCCCAUCUCUGAGAAAGUUCAUCUUUGUGUUCCACCUCUGCCUGGUGGACCUCCUGGCUGCUGUCACCCUGAUGCCUCUGGCAAUACUGUCCAGCUCAGCCUUCUUUGAUGGCACAGUGAUGGGGGAUGCCAUAUGCCACAUCUACCUGUUCUUAAGUGUGUGCUUCAUUACCACGUGCAUACUCUCAAUCUCAGCCAUUAAUGUAGAACGGUAUUACUAUGUGGUUCACCCCAUGCGCUAUGAGGUGAAAAUGACCACGGGCCUGGCGGUUUGUGUUCUAGUUGGCAUCUGGAUUAAAGCAGUAGUCAUGUCAUUCCUCCCCACCCUGGGAUGGCUUUCCCAGGGCCAUGUCAGCAAUUCCUCCAUCUACAAUGGACGAACCUGCACCUUGCAGUGGAGUCAGAGCGCCUAUUGCAAAAUUUUUGUGAUCUUCUUUGCUAUUUUCUACUUCCUCCUGCCUAUCUCCAUUAUUUUGGUUGUCUAUUGCAGUAUGUUCAAAGUGGCCAGGGUAGCUGCCAUGCACCAUGGCCCACUCCCCAAUUGGAUGGAUACCCCGCGGCAGAGAUCAGAAUCCCUCAGCAGCAGAUCCACUAUGGUGACUAGCUCAGGGGCCCCUCGGACUACCCCUCAGAGGACGUUUGGGGGUGGGAAAGCAGUCAUCAUCCUCCUGGCUGUGGGAGGACAAUUCCUCUUUUGCUGGCUGCCGUAUUUCUCCUUUCACCUCUACUCUGUGUUGGCCUCCCAUGUUCCUGGCCAGCAGACAGAGAACGUGGUGACUUGGAUUGGCUACUUUUCCUUCACCUCCAAUCCUUUCUUCUACGGGUGCCUCAACCGACAGAUACGAGGAGAACUCAGCAAGCACCUCACUUGUUUCUUCAAGCAGCCCCCUGAAGAGGACCUCAGGUUACCAAGCAGAGAUGGCUCCAUAGAAGAGAACUUCUUGCAGUUCCUGCAAGGGACUGGUUGUAGUGCUGAAACCAGGAACAAUCUCUCCUUACCAAGUCCCCAAAGGGACCAAACAACCAUAGAUUUCCGAAUUCCCGGGCAAAUUGCAGAAGAAACUUCUGAGUUCCUGGACCAGCACAUGAAUAAUGAGAUCAUUGUCUCAGAUAGCUACAUCAGGGCAGCAUGCACACCUAAGCCAGAACUGUAGCUGUUUUUGCACUUGACAAUCUAGUUUACUGAUGUGUGAAAUAAUGCAGAAUAUAGCAGCUAAUGAAGUGGGAAGGGGAGGGGUGUGGUGUGGUGUGGUGGGGAGAGUGUUCAAUAAAUACAACCGUGACAAUUGGAACUUUAUCUCUCCAGCUCACUACUCAGCCAAGAAACAGCUGCUACUAGUAUCUGAGUCAUCUCAUUCAAUUUCGGCUAAUGUGGGAUGGUAAUUGUUUACUCUCCCCUUCUCCUAUCAGCCUUCGUUUUUAAAGUCUGGAAUUACAAA